CAACUUUCAGCGGGACACGCUAUAUAAGAAAGUGACAUGUCGGCCGGCCAAGAUAAAGCACGCGCGUGUUGUCAUCGAUCCCCCAGGGUGUUUUGCUUGUCCUGUCGAUCGUCCCGCUACCUUCGUUACUGACAGGAUGUACUGGGUGUUCCUGGGGUUUCUGAGCUCUGCCGUCGCGGCGCAGAGUUCUUAUGACUUAGAAACCAGAGCGGUUUCAUUCCCGGGAAAGCCGAGUCUAGGACCGCUUUAUUCAGCUGGCUUGAGCUCAGGCCAAGGAUUUCGCGACAAUAGUUAUGAAGACAAUGCAGUGACGCCUACGCCUUCACCGACGCCAAUCUUCAGGAAUUCUAAUCAGCAACCAUUAUAUCGCAAGCCAACGGCAUCACCGAUCGACACUCGCGAUUAUUCUCAAGCAAUUCGCGUUGGUUCCAACCAACGCGCUCCUCCUCGAGGAGGGCCCACCCAGGAGGAACUCGAAGAGGAGAAGGAGGAGCCUGAUCGUCUCACUCUGCUUCUGCCUCAGAGUAGAUUUGAUUGUGUCAACAAGCAGACUGGCUAUUACGCUGACGAGGAUCUUAACUGCGAAGUCUUCCACUACUGCCAAGACAAUGCCAAGCACUCCUGGAUCUGUCCCGAGGGUUUUACCUUCCAUCAGGUACAUCUGAUUUGUAUGCCACCCAGCGGCGACAUCAGCUGCAAGAAGAGUUCGCAAUAUCAUUUUGUCAAUGAGUACCUGUACAAACCGUUGAACCAGCAGGAAGCUGAGACCAAGCCCAACGUCACUCUGAGGUACAGCGAGAGGUAUUACCCUUCUGACAUUCACUCAGACGAAAGAGAAGUCGGUGACUAUCAGAUUACUCCCACAUCAGCUCCGGUGCGUCGUCCUGCUCCACAGGUCCUUGUGAGCCCACAGUCCUCGAGUUUCAACAGUAUCCCCACAUCAGCCCGUCCGCAGCCCACGGGACAAUAUCAGCUCCCGUUAAAUCAGGUAUUCCGCAGCCCCGAGGAGGUCAACAUUCCCCUUCAGUAUAGAAGACCGCAGUCGCAGCAGCAUCAAGCUAUCAGACGAUUUCCUCAAGUCCGGCCGGAUGAGGAAGACUACGAGUAGAUUCUUAGAACUUGCAAUUUUUUAAUUUGCUCGAAUUCUUCCGUUCACAAAUAGUCUCUAUAGAUCGAUCAUUAAUGUUUUUCGAUACAUUUAUUUAUGCGAUGUCUUUCUUACAAAAGUCCAACCAGAAGUGUUGAAAUUCGAGUCUUUAGGUCAUCCAAAUUUUUAUGUUAAAAUACUCACGAAUAUUUAUACUGUUAUAUUCUUAGAAAUGUACAAAAAGAGAACAAAGUAGCCAGAAAAAUUAAUUGCAAUAUAUACAACUUUAUAGGGAGUGAGUUUAUUUAAAAGUAUUAUGAAUGUUUAUUCGCGUAUGCGUGGGUUGCAAGUCCAUUCGCCUUUGUCGAAAUUUCUUUAUCCUGUAAAACAUUUUUCCCCGCAGGAUCUUUUCAAUGAUAUUUGUAACCAAUAAGAUUAAUUAGCGUUAAGAGAGACGAUGAGUCUCAUUCAAUUCUUUUUGUCGAAUUAGUUAACGUUAUAAUGUAAGACUAAUGCGAGGAUAAUUUAAUUUGUGGCGCAAUUAUUGUGUGAAGAUAUAACUUAAUUAUUGUAAAUAAAAAAAAAUUAAUUAAA